AUGGAAACUGUUCAAAUCCUCCAAUCAGGGCGGAUCAGCGGCCUGCUGGGCUCAGCAGGAGCUACAGGCAGCUGGAUUCAGCGAGUCAGCUCAGACUUGCCAGGAGGAAUCCUGCUAAACAUUAAUAACGGUUCCCAGACCCAGAUCUGUGCAGUGGAAGGAUCAUCUGUGACCAUCAGCUGCAGAUUCUCUCAUCCAAUCAGAGACCAGGAUGCAGUUCUACUGUGGUUCCUGAACGGCCGUCCUGUGGACCCGGGGUCAGACCCAGAGUCCAGAGGUCGGGUUCAGACUCUCUGCGGUCCGACCGCCUGCAGUCUGAGACUCACCGAGCUGAGAGAGAGCGACUCGGGUCGGUACCGGUUCUGGUUCAGGACCAGCAGUGGAAGUUAUUCUCCAGGAGUCUCUCUGACUGUUGCAGUUCUCCGUGUUCAGCUGCUGGAAUCAGAGUACCAAGCGGGUUUCACCAGGGCUCAUCUGAAAUGUCUCAGCAGCUGCCGGCCCGAUCAUCAGUCCUACAUCUGGAUCAGAAACGGACGGGAAAUCCUGAACCAAACGUCUCCUUCUGUUUCUGUCUCGGUUCGUCCCGCAGACACAUAUUCCUGCUCUCUGGAGGGAAACCAGGAGUUUCCGUCUCCGUCGGUCUAUGCUCCUCUUCCUCCCUCCGUCUCAGUCAGUCCCUCUGCUGAGGUGGAGGAGGGAAGUUCAGUGACUCUGACCUGCAGCAGCGAUGCUAACCCAGCAGCUAGCUACUCCUGGUACAAGGAGGAUGAAGAUUCUCCCAGAGCUUCAGGACGGAGCUUCAUCAUCACUGACGUCAGACCUGAACACAGUGGAAAUUAUUCCUGUAAAGCUGAAAACACCAGAGGAAGUCAGAGCUCCACCGUUCACCUGGAGGUCAAAGGAUCCAGAUCUGCAGCUGCUGCAGGAAGUGCUGCUGUUCUACUUCCUGUCGUUUUCCUCUCUGUGUGUCUGUGGAUCCGGAAGACGAGGAGCUGCAAGGAAACAGCUGAGCUCAGAGCAGACGAGCUGCAGCAGGAGGAUCCAGAGCAGCAGGAUGAGCUUCUGUACGCCACUGUUCGCUUCAUCAGGAAGCCGCCAGACGGAGCAGCUCAGAGUCCCAGAGGAAACCAGAGAUACCAGGACGCUGCUGCUGCAGCAGCUGCUGCAGCUGCAGCUGCUGCAGAGAGCCACCUUCACCCCGAGAUCCAGACAUGACGACAGCAGAGAGGAUCCAGCCGCACUUUACAGCACCAACCAACACAGGACCUGAACGACUUUACCUACGCUCAUAUUUUCCUUUUAGCUUCUGUAUGUUGCAUCUCUGAACUGCCAGAGUAAAAAUGUUCUGGGUCCAGACGGGCCGCCGAAUGUUUAGGGUCUGAGACUGCAGCCAUCAUCUUCCUCGCUCUUCAUCAGGACACCGUUAGUUUCCUGUGUUAUUAUGGGAUGGCUGCUGGUUUCUGCAGGACGAUGGUUUCAGCUCCAGUUCGUUCAG